GUGUUGUAGACGGCUGGAAUCAAGUGCAUUCUCACAGCACUUUCAUUGUGCACCAUCGCGUUAUCCCCGGGGUUGGGCAGAAAGGGGGCAGAUGAGGGCACUCCUGCUUUACACCCGGGAAUCUGACUGUUGUCGUACAGCAGUGAGCCCACGAGUGGGACUCCUGUAACAUUCCGUAUAAAUCUGGGGCAACUCUAUCAAAUUUCUUUGGAGACCAAAGUUUGCAAUCUCAACGUUGCACUUUUUGUCUUUUAAAGAAAAGGGGGCUGGAUCGAGGUCAUCUUUAGAUUGAACAGACGUGUUUUGCUGGCUGAAUCCUGUCCGAGGGGAGUUGCGAGGGGGAGACCGAGAGGAGCAGGCGGCUCUGGUCGUGUUCAAUGACAGUAGCGGCAGCAGCGUCGCUGGGAGACGGGACUCGCUGCAAUGGCAGAGUCCACGCAGGUCACACCGGUAAACAUCAACAGCCUGAAGGAACCCACGCUGAAGAAAAUAAGCGAUCUGCUGGACAAGACCAACAACCGGGGAUGGAGGAAACUGGCAGAGAUUGUGGGAACUGACAAGCGCUUCAGACUCACUUCAGAGGACCUAGAUAAAUGCUCAUUGAAGGUCCUGGAUCCAGAAGGAAGCCCCAGCCGGAGUUUGCUCCAUGUGAUGGGCAACCGGGGUGUGACUGUGAAAGAUCUGUUGGACUUCCUUCAAGUUAUGGGACAGACUGAGGCCUUUCAGCUGCUGAGAUCCUCAGCUUCAUUGAAGAUAGUGAUCCAGCCUGUUUCCCAGGCUGUACUGGCUGGUCAGGCAGUGAGACUCUUUUGCCAAGCUGCAGGGAAUCCGAAUGUUGAAUAUCAGUGGUUUCGAAAGGAUGUUGAGAUUCCAAAUGGCAAUACCCCAGAGCUUGUGAUUAAUCCAGUUUCUGUAAAUGAUACCGGGUGGUACAUCUGCAGAGUGAACAGUGGCUGCUUUUUUGAAUUUAGUCUCUGGGUGCAACUUGAAGUUUAUAAUUUCAGUGCUGUCUGUGGAAGAAGAUUCUAUACCUCUGAGACCAGUCUUCAGAUUAUAAAUCAGCCACAAACCCAGAAACUAAAGGUAGGAGAUACACUUACAUUGGAAUGUACUGCAAUUGGAAUACCACUGCCACGUUAUCAAUGGAUAAGAAAUGGAUUACCAGUCAGCAAUGGCUGUGAAAGACACUACAAAAUAUGUAAUAUAAACCGAGACAAUCAGGGACGGUAUUGUUGCCGUGUGUUCAAUGACAAGGCGGAACAAUGGAGUAUGGAAGCAGAUGUAUUUGUAGAUGAGACGAAAUAUCCAAGAGAAACAGGUAAUCCAGUUGAAGUUGGACCACUAGACUUAGGAUUUAACCAAAGACAUUAUGCAACAGACAAGGUGGCUCUUCUGAUUGGCAACAUGUCCUAUCUCAACCACCCCAAAUUAAAGGCACCAAUGAUGGAUGUAUAUGAACUGACCAAUUUGUUGAGACAGCUGGAUUUUAAAGUGGUAUCUCUGUUAGACCUCACUGAAUCAGAGAUGCGUAAUGCAGUCUAUGAAUUCUUACUCUUGCUGGACAAGGGAGUAUAUGGUUUAUUGUACUAUGCUGGACAUGGAUACGAAAACUAUGGAAACAGUUUUAUGGUCCCGAUUAAUGCUCCAAAUCCCUAUAGAUCAGCAAACUGCUUGUGCGUGCAGAGCAUCCUUAAGCUAAUGCAAGAGAAGGAGACUGGAUUGAAUGUCUUCCUGCUGGACAUGUGCAGGAAAAGGAAUAUGCAUGAUGACACCAUUCCAAAUAUGGAGGCCUUAAAAGUUACAGCCAAUAUUGUGUUUGGAUACGCAACAUGUCAAGGUGCAGAAGCAUUUGAAAUUCAGCAUUUUGGAUUAGCAAAUGGCAUAUUUAUGAAAUUCCUAAAGGAACGCCUGUUAGAGGAUGAAAAAAUCACAGUGUUGCUUGACAGAGUUGCUGAAGACAUGGGAAAAUGUGACCUCACUAAGGGAAAGCAAGCUCUGGAAAUUCGCAGCAGUCUCUGUGAGAAGAGAGCCUUGACCGAUCCAAUCCAUUCAUCAGGCUGCUCCGCUGAAUCACUGGCACGCAACCUGCAGUGGGCAAAGGCCCAUGAGCUACCUGAAAGUAUGUGGCUUGAGUUUGACUGCGGUGUCCAAAUUCAACUAGGUUUUGCUGCUGAGUUCUCAAAUGUCAUGAUAAUUUACACGCGUAUUGUGAAAAAACCAAAAGGAAUUACAAUGUGCAAAGCAUAUGUCACAGAUUUUCCACAGGACCUAGACAUUGAUCCUAAAAAGGCAAACAAAGGGACACCUGAAGAAACAGGAAGCUACCUACUCUCUAAGGAUUUACCAGAGCAGUGUCUUUACACGAGACUAAGUGCUUUACAGAAACUGAAGGAACGACUGAUCUUCACAGCCUGCCUCCGUUAUCGAUAUCAAGGACUUGAUGAAUCUGUAGAAGAGGCCAAGGAGGUAGAUGUAGGAAAGCCACUCAUUGCAAAACUGGAUAUCCAUCGCACCAUUAGGAGAAACAGCUGCCUAGUGACCUGUCCUAUGCCUCACAGCCCAUUGCACAGCCCAGUGCACAGCCCAUCCCACAGCCCAGUGCGAAGCAUGGCUUACAGUCCCGAAUUUGAGCAUUACCACCACAACCAACAUUAUCAAGCUAACUCUCACCUCGGAGUCUACAACCCAAAUUCAUCCAUGAUGGGUGCAGUAGGCUGCACCAUUCCUGCUGACAACUGUAAAUACAACACGUAUACAUGUAUGUCAGAUUGGAGUCAAAGACCACAUUUCUGCAGUGGCAGCGUAAGAGAGAUCAAUAUUCCUGUUGAGAAUGACAUCAAUGAUCUGCAGUCUGACUUCAAUACCUGUCUUCAAUUCACUGAGCAUUAACAUGCAAACAAUUGUCCGGAAUAUACUGAGGAGGAUUGUCCACUGGAACAAUACUGGCUCCCACUGGAAGAAACAAAAUGUAGACUAUCUCCAUUUGAGUGAUGCACCAAUGAUGAGGCUGUCCAAUGUAUUUUCCAUUAUCUGCACAAUUAUAAUGCUGGACAGUUGGGCAUUUGUGAACAAUUACAUAGACUUGGGCCACCUUGAAGGUUAUCAGCUGUUUUCCACCCAUCCUCAGGAUGCCUUCCAUGCGGCUGUGUGUGAAAGAAUGACAUUUAAAUAUUAUGGUGGGAAUUAACCAUUACUUAGAUUUAUUUUGAUUACUGACAAUGUGGAAACAGGCCCUUCAGCCCAACAAGUCCACACCAACCCACUGAAGCGCAACCCACCCAAACCCAUUCCCCUACAUUUUACCCGUUCACCUAACACUACAGGCAAUUUAGCAUGGCCAAUCCACCUAACCUGCACAUUUUUGGACUGUGGGAGGAAACCGGAGGAAACCCUCGCAGACACGGGGAGAAUGUGCAAACUCCACACAGUCAGUCGCCUGAGGCAGGAAAUGAACCCAGGUCUCUGGCCCUGUGAGGCAACAGUGCUAACAACUGUGCCACCAUGCCGCCCUUACUGUUGUCAAUGACUGUAUCAUCCUUUAAUUGUUUUCUCUGCUGCAUCAGACAUACAUUACUUGCAUGCAUUCAUAAUUUAUUGGCAGUUUUAGCAGAAGGACCAUGGUCUAUAAUGCAGAAGGCAUGAAUGUCAAAGUAUUCAUAAAUCAGACAAUGGUGAUAAGGAGAAUCUAAAAUUGAAUUUAAACAUUUCCAGACUGUAGAAGGAAAGUAAUAUAGUUAGGGAACAGGUCACAUAGUUUUAAAAUCCAAAGAGGGAAGGUUAGAUCAAGAGAUGCUGGAGUUAAUUUUGAUUUAAUUACAAUGAGGGCACAAUAGAUUUAUUCAUCAGUCACUCACAUUAGACUCAUAGAAUCAUGCAGUAAAGAAGAAGCACUUUGCCAAAACUACUCUCUAUCUCCGAGUCCCACUUUCCAGCACUUGUCCCAUAGCCUUGAAUGUUAAAACCUUUCAGUUGCUCGUUCAAGUACGUUUAAAGGUUGUGAGAUUUCCUGCAUCAGCAAUUGAGUAGCACAGUGAUUAGCACUGCGACAUUAUAGUGCCAGGGACCCGGGUUUGAUUCCCACCUCGAGUGACUCUCUGCAUGGAGUUUGCACAUUCUCCUCGUGUCUGUGUGGGUUUCCUCCCACAAUCCAAAGAUGUAUGGGUUAGGUGAAUUGGCCACACUAAAUUGCCCAUAGUGUUAGGUGCAUUAUUCAGGGGUAAAUACAGGACAGGGAGAUGGCUCUGGGUGGGUUACCCUUCGGAGGGUCGGUAUGGACUUGGGCCAAAGGGUCUGUUUCCAUACUGUAGGUAACUUAAUCUAAUCUAAUUUCAAAAACAACCAACUACCUUAACUAACUACCCUAUGAACCCGGUCUUGCCAACUUCAGGGGUCUCUGGGCAGAUAAUUAAUCUCUUUUCAGCAGCAUAAUCCAUUAAGUGUAUUCCAAUAUUUAUGUUAGAAUGAAAAUAGAAAUCAUUGCAUUGACAUUCCAGAAAGUAGUGCACAUAGUAGUGUCAUAGAUGAAGUGAGGUUUUAGUUUCAAAUACAAGAAUAUCACAGAUGACACAUUGUAAGGGUGAUUGUUUUAUUGUACACUGUGGAGUGAAACUAUAAGUUUGUUCUCUUUAAACCAUUUAGGAUCUCUCCAUGUAUGUAACACAAUACAAGUGUGACCAGGACAGUCACCAACCUGAAACUUUGUGUUGAACCAUCAUUUAAUAUAAUUUGCUAACUCACUUUUUCUUGCUUUCCUUUCAUGGCCUCAUUUUUGCCCUUGUAUAAGUUAUUAAAAAUAGUCUCAAAUUCA